AUGGCCAACAAGGAGAUAAACGUAGGGCCCAUUGAUGAAGGCGCCUUGCGCAGACACAGCGUGGGCACCGUUGAGAUUCAGGAUGCUCAAGGUCGGCGCAGGACGGUCCAAUUGGACGAGCUGAAUGCGGCCGAUAGAGCUCUCGCCGAGCAGUUCGGAUACAAGCCGGUCUUUAAGCGCGAAUUUGGCUACCUCUCCACCUUUUCUUUCGCCGUCAGUAUCUCGGGCCUCUUUUCCACCACGGCUACCACCUUCAUCUACCCGCUCGAAGCUGGUGGCGCCGCCUCGGUCGUGUGGUGCUGGCUGAUCUCUGGUGCUGGAUGUAUCUGUAUUGCCUUUUCCGUCGCUGAACUGGUCUCCGCCUAUCCAACCUGUGGUGGCCUAUACUACACCGUUUCUCGACUGGCUCCCCAGGAAUGGGUUCCCUCAAUCAGUUGGGUGGUCGGAUGGAUCAAUCUUUUGGGACAGGUCGCCGGGAUUGCCUCGUCUGAGUACGGCGCCGCUCAACUUCUCCUCGCUGCAGUGUCCAUCGGCCGCGACUUUCAAUGGUUCCCCACCACCAACCAGACAGUCGGAGUCAUGGCGGCGUUGACCGUGCUCUGUGGGCUGGUCAACUCUCUUUCGACCUAUUGGAUGGAGAAAAUGACCAAGACCUAUGUCAUUUACCAUUUUGGAGUCUUACUCGCCUGUGCGAUCGCCCUCCUCGCCGUGACCGACAACAAGCACGACGCCAGUUAUGUGUUCACUCAUGUGGAGGGCAGUGCCGGUUGGACACCUAUUGGAUGGUCCUUCUUGUUCGGUUUCUUGUCAGUGUCGUGGACAAUGACGGAUUAUGACGCUACGGCCCACAUUACCGAGGAAAUCAACGAGCCCGAGAUCAAAGCCCCGUGGGCUAUCUCGCUUGCGAUGCUCUGCACCUACGUUUUCGGAUGGCUCUUCAACAUUGUCCUCUGCUUCUGCAUGGGCGACCCGGCCGAAAUCCUGGCCUCUCCGAUCUACCAACCUGUGGCUCAAAUCUUCUACAAUUCUCUGGGCAAGGGCGCCAGCAUCUUCUUCACCGUGUCGGCAUUCCUCAUUCUGCAGUUUGUCUGCUGGACGGCAACGCAGGCGUUGGCGCGGACCGUGUUUGCCUUCUCCCGCGAUCGCCUCAUUCCCUUCUCCAAGGUUUGGACGAAAAUCAACCGCUGGACGGGGACGCCACUCUACGCGGUAUGGAUCAGCAUCUUCUGGUGCAUUGCCAUCAACCUGAUCGCUUUGGGCUCCUACAUCGCGAUUGCGGGCGUGUUCAAUGUGUGCGCCAUCGCUCUCGACUGGUCGUACGUUAUCCCCAUUGCCUGCAAGCUUCUCUUCGGCAAGUUCAAGCCUGGGCCAUGGCACCUGGGUAAAUUCUCCUUCUUUGUUAACUUAUGGGCCUGUACAUGGACGUUGUUUGUCUCCAUCAUCUUCCUCAUGCCCACUAUCCGACCUGUCACGGCCGAUAACAUGAACUACGCCGUUGUCUUCUUGGCGUUUAUCUUGCUGUGCGCCAUGCUCUACUGGUACAUUAGCGGCAAGAAAUUCUACCACGGCCCACUUAUCGAGGCAGAGAUCCACGACGCCGAAGUGGACAGCGCCAGCUCUGCGAUCGAGCAGGAUGAGAAGAAGGGUGAUCUCCGUGACCGCACGGUCAACUCUGCUGAUAUUGCCUAA